AUGGACAUCGGGCAAACGCACCUGGGAGGGCUGAUAUCGAACUCCCAGCAGGACGAAAAGGUAAGAUACCAUAUUGUGGGGUCUCGGGUCAGGAUGGCAUGCAAUCUUGUGAAAAGUCUGUAUGGAGGGUCCCACCGCAGCAAGCUCAUAGUGAAUGGAUAUGGACAGAUCCUUCUUUCCUCGCAGCCGGGGGUUAUCUAUGACAAUGUCAAGGUCAACCAUCCUCUUGUGAAGCUAUUGCAGGAGUAUGUCAAGAAGAUGGAUGUGAUUGGAGAUGGAGCAACGUUUUUUGUGGUUCUUGUGUCUGAGCUGAUACAAGAGGCCAUUGAUGUUAUCGGGAGGGGGAUGAAGCCUGCAUGCUUCAGCAGUCUUCUCAGAGAAGCCCACAAGGAGAUUGAUGAUCUGGGAAGAGAGCUUCUGGUCGAGCAUCGGAUUGACUUUGAAGACAAGGAGAGCAUAUCGAUGGUUCUAAGGGGCGUGCUGAAGGAUAAGUGGCUAGAGGAGAUAGUUGUUGAAGGAAUAUCACUGGCCAGGAGUUUUAGCUCUGAAAGCAUCAGGGUCUGCAAGGUGGCAUGCGGGUCUGUGGAGGAUAGCUAUGUUGUAGAGGGGAUGGUGUUCAACAGAUUGCCGGAGGGCGAGGUGAAGCAUGCCCGGCAGGGAAGAACGUCGAUCUACAACUGUCCGCUGGACAUAUCGAGGACUGAGCUGAAAGGGACUGUUCUGAUGAGGACGGCCUCUGAGCUCCUGUCGUUUAGCAAGGAGGAGAACAAGAGGAUCAAGGAACUUGUGGAGUCGAUAGGUGCGGAUGUUAUUAUAUGCAGCGGAAAGGUGGACAAGAUCUAUCUCGAUUUCCUGAACAAGGGUAGGAAACUUGUUUUCCGAAUUACCAGCAAGUAUGACCUGAGAAGGAUCAGGGAACUGCUAGGGGGGCACAUUCUAUCUACUUUGGAGCCUCCGGCCGAGGGCUCGAUGGGCGUUGUUUCAGAGGUCGCCACCUUCAGGGAGGGCAGUACCGAGUAUACAAAGUUUAUUUCUGGAAGCAAGAAGGUGUACACCUUGGUCCUUAAGAACUCUGUACAAGCAGUGCUGGACGAACAUGAGAGGAUGGUCCAGAAGGCACUGGUUGUUUUGAGCAAGAAUGUUUCUGGGGGCAAGAUUGGCCUGGUGGACGGGGCAGGAAGGUUUGAGAGAAGGCUGUCGAAGGCAUUUUUGGAGAGAUCUGCAGGCCUGUCAGGGGGAAAGAGCCUUGCAUACAAAUGCAUUGGAAAGGCCCUUGGGACGUUUGGAUCAUCGGAUGUCGAGGUCUAUGACAUAUACAAUGCCAAGAUAAAGGCACUGAAGUACUCCAUGGAGUUUGUCUCCACGCUGUUUGAGACCAGCGACUAUCUUAUAGGGAGGCCGGAGGCGCUCAACAUAGGGCCCAGGAACAACCAGCACUGGGACGAGGAAGAUCACUGA